AUGGAUAGCAUUGUCCCGGGUGUGGAAUUGCUAGAUGGCAGCGAAUCACAAUCGCUGCUAAAUAUUGCUCUGUUUGAGCAGAUCAAAGAGAAAUUGAACAGGCAGCAAGGGCUACGACAUAAGAAUAAUGCGGCUCAUUUGAGAGGCCAAAUAGGUCUCCGAGAAGGUACAGUGAAUAACGAGUCUGAGGAUGAGAACCAGGGAGAUGAAGCGCCUUAUAUACCACCUCUGUCAGCUUAUAGUGCGACUAGUGACGAGCCGUAUUUACCCUUGAGAAGCAUUAAGAAGGGUUGUUUCAAAGUUUCUAUAGCUGCCAUGAAGUAUGAUGACUUUGAGAGAAGAAUGUAUCAAAUACGGAAGACUGGUUGGCAUACACUGAAACCUAUUGGGGUGGCUAAAACUAUGGCAGAGAUUAGAAGAGAGCAAAGGCACAAGAAAGAGGGUAGUUCAAAUCCUGAAUCAUCACAGCCUGAAACCGCAACAGAGCCUGACGUUGAUAUGUUACAUCAGGAAAAUAUCAAUGUUGCCUACACUGCUACAAACAAUAGGGCAUAUAGUAAUAAUACAGACGUAGGGGCGGCUAUUCAGAACCAAGAAAGAGUUUUAGAGACAAGUGUUGAACCACAGAACCGAGAUAAUUCAUUCAGUGUUCAAGGUAUCGGUCAAGAUGUUAAUGAAGGAGAGGAAGAGGAAGAUGAGGAAGAUGAGAUUUCUUAUGAUUAUGAUGCAGAGUUUGCCCGCGUGGAAGUUGAGGAUGAAGAGUCGGAUUUUCAAAAUCGUAGUAAUUUCUUUGACUCUUCAAACAUAUCUGACCUAAAUCAUGGAGUAACUGCUGGGAUUAACGAUAAUGAAGCAACAGGUGGGCUAUCAAUCCAACAGUUUGUGGAAACAACAGCACCUAAUCAAAACCCGUAUGAUGAUGUGUAUGAUGAGAGUGAGAGUAACACCCGCCGAGUUCAUCUAGAUCCUGACGAAAGCAUUGACAGAAUAUCCUCUGAUUUUGUAUCGGACAACCAGGAGUUUACAGAGAUGCCCACUGUUGAUAUCUCUGAUACAAUUAAUGAGAGUGACAUUAUGAGAAGUAGUCGAGUAAGCUCUUUGCAAAACCAGCAACAGUAG